CUAAAUUGUUGGCACAAAUAUUACAAAAUAAAUCUGAAAAAGCUGAUAAAGAUCAAAAAUUAUCAUUAAAGAAACACCAAUUAGAAAUUGAAGAGCCAGAAUUACCUAAAUUGAAAAAAUUUGAAGCUGUAACUGAUUUUACGUAA